AUGCAUCGCAGACAACCACCUCGUCGAUACGCUUGCACAAGAUGCGUUCAGCUCAAGGUCAAGUGUGUACUGACCGACACAGGACAGUGCCAGCGCUGCAUCCGACUCGGCCACCCGACCUGUGUUUUCCCCAAAGAUGUGCGUGGCAACAGUGCAUCCAAGCCACCACAAACACCGACUCCACCGAUCUCAUCACUAAAUCGCGAGGAAGAAACCGUAUUCCACGAGCAAAUCACUCUCCAGCUUGCAGAAGAGCUGCUUGAAAGGUAUCGAAAACACAAGAUGCCCCAAUUCCCCUUCGUCAUCAUCCCAGAGACAACAGACCUUGCAACACUGCGCCAAGAAUCACCAUUCCUCCUGCUCUGCAUCCUAACCGCAUGUCUCGAAGACAAUCCGCCACUGCAAGACUCACUCGAGUUUAUCGUGCGCAAGGAGAUCGCAUCGCGCGUGAUCGUUGGCGUUGAGCGGAACAUGGACCUGCUCCAGGGACUGCUCGUGCACAUCGCCUGGCAACACUACCAUUGGCGGACGUACCAUACGCACAUGUACAUGCUGCUCCCGAUCGCAACUAUGAUUGUCGUGGACCUUGGGCUUGACAGAGAAGAGAGCUUCAGAAUGCAGCCGAUUCCCGCAGAGGAUAAAGAGCUUGAGCAGGCAGGUGGGGGCGGACAGGUGCAAUCUGCUGCUGGGCAGAGGGCGCUGCUGGGGUGUUAUUACCAAUGCUCGAAGUCGUCGAUAUUCCGCCGUCAACUGUACAUGCGGCAUACGAAGUGGAUCGAACACUGCGCCGAAUCCCUGGCGCAAAAGGUCGAGUAUCCGACGGAUGCGCAGCUCAAAGUAUACCUUGAUGUUCGGUCCUUAUCUAGGGAAAGCGACCUUCUUCUUGAUGAUAAGCAGGGAGCAGAUUGUUUCGAAAGCUGGAAACGAAUCUUCGACCGGAUCUCUCAACAGCAAUCGGAAACAGUCUCUCUUUUAUCAUCUCUUACUUCAGAAAAUGACUGGUCUCUACGUUUCGAGCUCGGCGGAUUACCCGCCCUUGUCCUUGGCCACGCCCUCCGGCGAACGAGCAACGUGUUCAGCCUCCGCGACGCGAAUCAACUAAGUGUCCUCACAAAAUCAGCCCAUACUAUCGUCGACAUGUUCCUGACUAUCCCCUCAUCCGUCGCCGUCUGCCUUCCGUCCUCUGCGUAUGGCACCAUCUGGUACUGUUUGCUUAUCCUCGCGAAACUGAGCUUGCUAUUUCCUCCUGCCGAGGGACGCGUAUUUGGUGUGGAUUAUCCGACGAUUCGCACUGCAUCACUAGGUGUCAAGGCAAAGGUCGAGGCUUUGAGUAUCGGGGACGACGUUUGGCAUAAUUCUGUUGCUGUACAGGAGAAGAUGUUGUCGUGGCUAGAGAGGGCGGGGUCUGAUGCGCCUAGUCUCUUUCAUUCGCCGAGGAAGCAGUCUGGUUCUGCUGUGCAUAAAGCGCCGUCCGUCCCAAUUGCGAGAUGCUUCAGGGAGUUGUGUGAGGAUCAUGACGAGCGAAAAGACCCUCCAACGCCGUCAGAAAUGCAGGCUGCAUCGAUCGAUACUCUAUUCGCUUUGCCGGAUGAUAUGGAUUCCAACCUAUGGCAGCAGAUGCUCCACAACUUUACAUGGUUCGGACCUGGAAUGGACAAUGAUCUGAGUUUCAUGGACUUUGGGAACCCUAUAUAACGAACACUCCCCCCCAUUAAAUGUUGCCUCGUUGAGAUAAGGGAAAACAAGAAGCGCAUAACACACUGCUGAAUUAAAACAAGAAAAAGAAACAAAGAAAAUCAGGCAGAUGGCUCCUUAACACUGUCUAGCUCCUUAUUACCGCCGUCCAGAAUUCCUUCCCAAUCCCUACCAGCCAGCCACUCCCCAAACGUCUUCGUCCGUGGCCGAACUUUCAGGUCCGCCGCCCCAAUCCACUUGUCGAUCCCACCCAUAUACCCGACCUCGUCAAUCCACAGCGGCGCCUGCAGCACCUCCCACGGAAUCCCAAACUGCUCAUGCAUAUACUCCGCCGUCACAGUCGCCAGCUCCGCCUUCUUCCCCGUCGCCUUGGCCCACGUGUCGACGACUUCAUUGAUGGUGAGGUAACUAUCAUACGCGAGCAGCUUCGUCCCUGCGGGCUCGGUCUCAACAAGCGCACGCACGAAUGGACCCGUCGAGCUCGGUGUGUCAAUGAUGGGUAUCUUGCUUUCGCCGCGCAUGGGAAGGAUGAACUUGUAAACUCCCGUUUCAGGAUCCGCUUUAGGCAUGAAGAGCGGAUUCGUCGCGUACACGCCGAUGUAGAUGAUGCUCGUCUUCUUCGACAACUCAGGGUGCUCACUCUCGAUGUAAUCAACGAUACUCGCCUUCGAGUCCCAAUGGUACGACUGCGCGUACUUUCCCUUCGAAGCGCGCUUCAUCGGUCCCAGAGCUGAAUACACGAAUCGCUCGAGCGUCGCAACCCUCGACGCCGCGAUGGCCGCAUUCUUCCCGUGGUUCAACUCCUCAUUGAACGCAUCGUCACUACUAUGUGUCUUUCCAGUCUCGGUCGCACCAGAAAGAUACGGACCCCAGAAAUCCGUGUUGACAAAGAUAGCGUGCGCGCCUUGGAAGGCAGCUUCGAGGGAGGCAAUGUCGUUGAGAUCGGCUUGGACGAGUUCGGCGCCCGCUGCGGCGAGGGCGAGGGCUUUCGAUGAGGAGGGGUUGCGCGUUAUGGCGCGCACGUUCCAGGUGAAGUCCUGGAGGAAGGUGUGCGCGACGGAGGAGCCUUGGUUUCCGGUUGCACCGAUGAUUGUGAUUGUUUUCGGCAUUUUGAGAGAUAUCAGUUGGGAAUGAGUGGGUGUUUGUUUGGCAGUUGGACGAUUGCGUUUGUGAGAAUCAGAAUGUGAUGUUUUGUCGCUGUGGUUGCUGAGCUUGAUGAUGGCCAGGAUUCGAGGGGUAUCGACGAGGUAUAUAUACUCCCUCGACCGUGACGCCUAUACAGACGAUCAACAAUGCCAAUCUCAUGCUCAACACCACGGAGUCCAUCGAUUGGCCCACGUCCAUAAUCAGAUUCCCGCUCGGAUCGAUCUGGCUUAUUGCGUACGGGGCUUU